UACUCCAUUUGACGUUUUCUCUUCACUCGAUAGCCGAGUUUUCAGGUUAUUUUGAAGAGAUUUGAGAAAAUUAACUUUAUCUGAUAAAAUAAAUUGAUCUAUCCAAAAGACUGAUCAAUUUACGGUGCACUGGUGCACAUUUUUUUAACUUUCUAUUAAUCACUUCUUGGAAGUAUACGUAAUUAGUGAUUGCAAUGUCGUUCCCAAAUAAAGAGCAGAGAAAAAUGUGUUGGGACUCGAGGGAUCGCUACUGGGAGUGCCUAGAUAACGAGAACAUCAAAGACAGUUCUCUAAAGCCGAAAGUCUGCUCGGAGCUUAGGCGGAUAUUCGAGAACUCUUGCCCCACUCAGUGGGUCUCGCAUUUUGAUAGAAAACGAGACUACAAUGUGUUCAAAGAGAAAAUGCAGAAAGAAGGCUAUGAACCCAUAAAAGAGUCACAAUAAAUUAACACCUGCAGUGUUAUCUGACUUUAUUUAAUUUAAAUGUAAAUAUAGUUUAUGUAGUAAAUUAUUACAAUUUGAAA